AAGGCAACAUACCAUGCCACACCACAACGCACACUGUCAGUCGCACUCCGGAUCUGGAAGACAGCGGAAUAGACAGUAGAUCAUGAGCGGCAUGCACACGCUGCAGGUGACGCUGGUGCGCGCGGGUGACCUGGCGGCCAGCGACUUCGGCUUCAUGGGCAUGGGCGGCAAGAGCGACCCGUACGUGGUAUUCAAAGUGGGGCGCGUGAGCCAGAAAAGCUCCGUGGUGCCCAGCAGCCUCAACCCGCGUUGGGACCCGGCCGAGACCUUCCAGUUUCAAGUAGACCGCCCCAAGGAGAAAUGCCUCGAGGUGCACGUGAUGGACUACGAUCGCUUCAUGAAGGACGACUGCAUUGGCAACGCCAACCUUGCACUGGCCCCGUUCCUCGAGAAGAAGCAGUCCGAAGUCGUGUCUUACGAGCUAGAGGUGCCUCCUGACUACGACAAGCAGAAACGCAAAUCUGUGCUCUUCCUAGAGAUCAAAGUGACUCCGAACGAGCAAGUGGAUCAGAUACUCGAGCUCUGGGAGAACCAGCGCUACCACAUUGUCAAGAAGUGGACCACAGACACGCACAUUUCCGGCUCGACCGAACGCAAGCGAUGGAGCUCCGUCACGGACGCUAAUAUCUCGUCUAACGCCUUUGAGGAAGUCGCGCCCAAGGUGCCAAGUCAUCUCAAGGCCGAAGGAUGGACACUCGAUGUCUCGCAGGGAGACGACAAUGGCUGGAUCUAUGCGCCGUCCUUCUCCGGACCUUGGCAGAAGGACCCCUUCACAUUAGCCAUGGUGCGACGACGCAAGUGGAUCAACAGAUGCACAGCUCCAGACAACCAGUAAGACGUGACAGAUUGCCCUUCUGAGCUGAAGGGAUGAAGAUACAAGCGCACUGAAGAUAUUAGUCAGUGCGAGUCGGGAAGUUCUCGACAAAUGAAGGAAAAGCACAGCAGCAAAGCAACAGUGACGACCUGAAUGAAUGGGGCGCGUGUUGUGAACACCACUGCGAGAGAAGGCAGCAACAAACUACGCAAAAAGUUGCAGUUUGUGUUUUGCCACUGUGCGUUUCCGUGUUGUUAGGAAAAAAUGAUUGCAAUUUUAUCCACAUCCAUUCAUCGUCUCUAUUUGCAUGUGUUUUUCGCGAC